AAGUGCUCAUUGUGUUUGGACUUCCUUUUAUUGGCAUAGGUUUCUGCCAGUGAAUCAUUCUGCUGCUGGAGACAGACCAGGAGCUGCAGCAGAAGACACAAGCAAGGCGGUCAGAGCAGAGCCCAAGAUGUGGUGUCUCCUUGUGCUGCUAUUCUCCCAGGCCGUUGCCUUUUCAGCAGGAUUCACAUCACCCCACACUAUGAAAUCAGAGGAAGGACUUCACAGGAAGCAACGCAACCCUGAAAACCUCAUGAACGUUAGUGAAAUGAUCAGGUAUCAUGGAUACCCAUGUGAGGAGUACGAAGUUACAACGAAAGAUGGAUACAUACUUGGUGUUUUCAGAAUUCCUGGUGGGAGGAACAAGCAUAAUGCAGGACAAAAGCCUGCAGUCUUCCUACAGCAUGCUUUUCUAGGAGAUGCCACCCACUGGAUUUCUAACCUGCCCAACAACAGCCUGGGAUUCCUCCUUGCAGAUGCUGGCUAUGACGUCUGGUUAGGAAACAGCCGAGGGAACACCUGGUCUUUAAAACACAAGACCCUUCAGCCCUCCCAGAAAGAGUUCUGGCAAUUCAGCUUUGAUGAAAUGGGUAAAUAUGAUAUUCCAGCAGAGCUGUACUUCAUCAUGAAUAAAACUGGACAAAAGGAUGUAUACUAUAUUGGUCACUCUGAAGGCACUGCAUCAGGCUUCAUUGCAUUUUCUACAUACCCUGAGCUGGCUAAAAGGGUGAAAGUAUUCUUUGCUCUGGGCCCAGUAACCACUUGCACGUAUGCUAUAGGCCCUUUGAUGAAGUUGGCAAAACUUCCUGCAGCAAUGCUCAGGUUAAUAUUUGGCUGGAAAGGAGCCCUGCACCAGAUUGGAUUUAUGCAAGGACCUGUGACACAGAUGUGUGCAAACAGUGAUAAAUUUUGCGGCAAAGUGCUCUGUUAUAUAGCUGGGGGCGACAUAGAAAAUCUGAACACGAGCCGAAUAGAUGUAUACGUAGGACAUUCACCAGCUGGGACAUCAGCACAGAAUAUUAUUCAUUGGCAUCAGGUAUUUUAUGCAGACCGAUUCCAAGCAUAUGACUAUGGCUCGAAGGAAAAUAUGAAGAAGUACAACCAGACUACUCCUCCUGCAUAUGAGAUAGAGAAGAUAAGCACACCCAUUGCAGUUUGGAGUGGUGGACAAGACAAAUUUGCAGAUUUCAGAGACAUGGCAAAGCUGCUUUCUCGGAUCAAUAAUCUCUGUUACCAUAAGCAUUUUCCUGACUGGGGACAUCUUGAUUUCAUUUGGGGCCAUGAUGCAACUGAGAAAAUGUAUAUGAAAAUCAUUGAGCUACUAAUAAAAUACCUUUGAAACCACA